AUGGAGGCAGAAUCGUUGGACGCAAGCCGCAGCUAUAAAGCGGAAGUUGGCGAUCUGAUCCCGGACACAGACUUGUAUGAUGCGGACGUCUACGAUGUCCCAGUCGCUGGGCUUCUCUCCGAAAAGAGCGGUGAGGGGACCGGCCUGCGCGGGCCCGGGGUUCCGCAGCUCCGCCUCAGGAGCCGGCGAGGCCAGGCCCGGUCCCUGCGCGCCCGCCACCUGUGGCUGACCCUGCGCGCACAGCUCCGCGAAGCGGUGGAAAAGGAGAAGAAGGAGGAGAUGCAGGUCGCUCGCCUGGCGCACGGGCUGGAGCCGCUGCGCCACCUGGAGGUGGCGGCCGGGCUGUGCUCCGUGGCUCAGGACAAGGCGGCCCGGCGCUUCGUGGUGCUGGACCGCGCCGGCUGGCUGCACCUGCACACCAGGGACGGCUGGGCGCAGGGGAAGCUGCAGGCCCCCGUGCCGCUGGCGGGGCUGGUGGCAGUGCCCCCCCCUCUGGGCGCAGUGGGCCGCUUCAUAGGCUGGGGGCCGGCUGCGCUGGCCAUCCUGAGGCCGGACCUCAGCCUGCUGUGGCUGAGCCACUCACACGUGGACGGGGUGCUGGGCAGUGAGCCCACCUGCUGCCUGCCAGUGCCCAGUCUUGGGCUGCUGCUGGUGGUUGAGGUGGGCGGCAGCCUGACACUGUGGAAGUUCCGCUCGGGGGGCCGCCGCCUGGUGCCUCACAGGUCGCCCCUGCAGCUGCCGCAGAGCCUGGGCGAGACAUUCAGGCGUCUGGCUCUGGGGCCGCCGGACCUCCACAGCCAGUACUGCUUCGCGGCCUAUGGCUCCACGGUGCUCACCUUUGAUCUGGACGCCUGGGCUCUGGUCAAUGUGUGCCAGAAUCUGCACAAAACAACCAUCUUGGACCUGGUUUACUGCAAGGAGAUACGGGCUGUGGUGACUGCCUCCCGGGACAGCACAGUGAAGGUGUGGGAGGCGGACUGGCAGAUCCGGAUGGUGUUCGUGGGUCACACAGGCCCAGUCACGGCUAUGGCCCUGCUGCCAAACACCAGCCUGCUGCUGUCAGCCUCGCAGGACAGGACGCUGCGGACGUGGAACCUGCAGACUGCAGAGCAGGUGGGCGAGGUGGCGCUGGACCACUGGGGCCGGGAGGAGCACGCAGAGCCGGCCGACUGCCUGCUGCCGCCCGCGGGUCCUGGCUGGCCGGUGCUCUCACUGUGCCCCACCGGCGUGGACCUGUGGAUCCUCCGCGACCUCUACUCGCCCUUGGCGCAGUUGCCUGCACCGGUGCUCCACCUGCAGGUGGCGCCCACGCUGCCCGCCCCGGCUCAGCCGCCCCUGCCAAUGCGCUUGGUGUGUGCCUGCGCCGACGGGUCGGUGUGCCUGGUGUCGGUGGUGACUGGGAAGAUGGUGAGCGCCCUGCCGCUGGGGCCCAAGGACUGCGCGGCCGCUGUGGCCUACUGCCUGCCGCGGGAGGCGCUGUGGCUGCUGACGCAUGAGGGGCACCUGAUCCGCGCCAACGCGGCCCGCAGCCCCAUGGAGGUGCUGCACCGGCACCACCCGCCGCCGCUGCCCGCGCCACAGCCCUGCGCCCUGCACCUCUACAGCCACCUCCUGGAUGCGACCGGCGCCGCCACCUGCUGGGAGACCGUGCGCCAGCACCGGGGGGACAUGAGCUGUGGGGCCGUCACCUGGGCCUGGAAGAACAAGAACAGGUACCUCCCAGUGCUGGGGCACACGGACGGCACGCUGUCGGUGCUCCACCUGCGCACCUCCAAGACUGUCUUCCGCACGGAGGCGCACAGCCCGGGCCCGGUCACCACCAUUGCAUCCACCUGGAACAGCAUUGUGUCUUCAGGCGGAGAUCUGACGGUGAAGAUGUGGCGCGUGUUCCCCUACGCCGAGGAGAGCCUGAGCCUGCUGCGCAUCUUCUCCUGCUGCCACCCGGCUGUGGCGCUCUGCGCGCUGGGCAAACGCAUCACCGUGGGCUUCGAGGAUCCCGAGAGCGCCACCUAUGGUCUGGUGCAGUAUGGCCUGUCCGACAGCCCACGCUGCGACCACCAGCCCCAGGACGACCCUCAGGACCACAUCACUGGCCUGUGCUGCUGUCCCGCGCUCAAGCUGUAUGCCUGCUCCAGCCUGGACCGCACCAUUCGCAUCUGGACUGGGGAGAACCAACUGCUACGGCUCCUGCAGCUGGAUAGUGCCCCUCAGGCUCUGGCCUUCUGCAGCGAUGGUGGCGACCUGGUGCUGGCGCUGGGCUCCCGCCUCUGCCUGGUGUCCCACAGCCUCUACCUACCCACAUCCUAUCUGGUUAAGAAGCUGUGCCAGAUGUCCCCGAGUGUGGUAGACGACCCUCCGCUGCCGCUGACCAGCCAGGAAUCGCUGACAGAUGCCCAGCUGCAGACGCUCUCUGACCUGCAGGAGAAAGCCAGCCUCAGUGCGGCCCUGUCCUUCAUCCAUCUCCAGACACCAACGCUUGAGCAGCCAGUGUUGAAGGAGGAUUUAGAGGCCCUGCUGGCCCGGGACAAGGACCUGCAGCAGUUACAGCAGGGGCUACUGGCCUCUGCAGCCCAGCCUCCUCUCUCCUUGAAGCAACAGCAAGAAGCUUUUAACAAUUACCUGUGUCUGAUCUACGGCCGUGGCCUGGCGGGCAUGCUGUCCAGAAAGGAAGACCAUCAAAAGGACACCUUAGACACCACUAUGGCCAGAGAGCUGGAGGACAAGUACACCACAGCCAGAGCCGCCUCCUGUGUCAAGCAGUCUGCAGUCAGCAGCGAAUCCCAGACAUUGCCCACACCCCCAGUCCCUCAGGCCUUAGGAGCCCUGGACCAGCGCUCUGCGCACCCUCCUCCAGUUUCCUUGCCCAUUCCACCCAUCCGGCAGAGGGUGCACAGCAAAGCCUCCGAGCUCCUGGCCAGAUCCUCCCUGAGCUGUGUCCUGGGUCUUAGUCUGGACCUGCAGCUGAAGUCAGACAAGCUCCAAGGGAAGAUGACCACGAUGGUGGGUGUGCCGCCGUCCCCGCAGCACAAGGCCCCACGGUUGCCACAUAAACGGCACAAGGAAUCACUCUCAAAGUUCAAAGGCUUCUUUCCCGCCACCACAGAACCCUACAAGCGCCACCCGCGGCCCAUCAGCUUCCCUGGCUACGUGCCCAACUCGGUGGUGCUGCAGCGGAUGUGGCUGUCUGAAGAGGUGGCCAUGGCCCACCUUGUCUCGAAUAGACUUAAGUCCAGCCUGUACUCCCAGUGGCUGCGGCACCACCGGCGCUCCGAGAACAGGUGGCGGCGGAGGCUGGCCCGCUGGCUGUUUAGCAUCCUCACAGGGAAUGAGGAAGAAGAGGAGGAAGAGUUCAGGGACUGGGAGGAAGACCAAGACAAGCUGAAGUUUGACUGGUCUUCACCUUCUCUGGACCAGAAGCAACGUACUUUCGGGAAACCCAAGACUUCCCCGGACUUAAGCCUGAGGCCCCGGAGCUUCACAAAGGAGCCCAAGAUGUCACUGCCCCACCGCCACUCCCAGCACCACCACGAGUACUCGCCCUGGGAACAACGCUAUGGGCAUCUACCAAAGUUCCUACAGUUUCUCGUUGUGCAGAACUGGUUCAAAAAGCUGUUUCCCAACUUCACUCUGGAGGCCUACCCAGAGAUGGGCACCGUGGAGGGCCUGGCCUCCGUGUUAGUGAACCUCCUGCUGGAGGCCACCUGGGCAGACCGUGUGAAGAUCCUACUUUCCCUGGCGAGACUGCUGCCUGACGUGACUGGUAAAUUCCGUGAAUGGCUGCGGAAGGUCCUCCUGCACCUGCUCAACCUGGACCCACCCCCCAGCUUCGAGGACCAGAUGCAGAAGCAGUUUGUGGUGCUGGCGCUGCAGCUGCUCCUGGCCUGCUCAGAGGACUGCAGAGACGUGGUUGUGGAGCUCAUGUCCUACCUCCUCUGGUCUCCGGCCCGCUACCUGCCGGAGGUGAAGGAGCUGCUGCACAGGCUGGGCCUCCAGGACCCACGGGACUUACUGUACGCAGAAAUGCUGACCUGGGUCCGGAACCAAGACAUCCGCUCCAAGGCUGUGGUGCGAGCGUACUGCUGUCAGAAGCUUGAUGACAUCACCCAGCAGCUGGAGGAGUUCGUGCCAUCCAGCGCGCAGGAGGCGGGCAUCUUGAGGGUGGUCCCACAGGUCUCCGGGCAACUCUCUCCGGCUGAGCAGGAGAUGCCAGACCCAGAGCAGGAGUUCUGGCGCAUGCUGCUGCAGUUUCGUGCUGGACCAACCAGGAAAGAGCUUUCUGAGGUUCUGCAGGCCUUCUGCUCGGUGCCCAUGCCUGACGCCUCCGUCCUCCUUGAGCUUCCUAGUGUCCUCCUGCCACUCGAGAAGACCCUGUGGGCCUGCACGCGGAAGCUGAGCAUGGGCCCCAUCAAUGUGCUCAAUUUGUUCUGCCAGCAGCAGUGGAUGCAGCUGCAGAGCACCACGCAGGAGGCUGAGCUCCAGCCUCCAUUUCCAGCCUCACCUGCAGACCAGCUGGUACCCAAUACUGUGGUGCGACCGCCCCGGGCACGCUGGUUCCACCCUAUCCUCCGGCUGCAGGAGACCAGCGCUCAGAGCUUGGGCAUGAGACUGCGGGGCUCCUUCUGCCCCCACCACACCCGCAAGCUGGACGGCUCGAUCCGGGUGCUGAAGCUGCCCCUACCUCGGAUAGACCUGCAGCCCUUCCCCCCGGGCUGGCCCAACCCACCCCGGGCGCUGCCCCCCCUGCUCCUGCAGUCCACCCUGCAGCGGUACUUUCUGCCUGAGGAUGCCGACCCUGACAGCUACCAAUGACAUGGCAGCGACCUCUGGUUCCCCCCCC